CUCUGGGAAUUGUAAAUCAAUUUAAAGUGUAAUAUGUGUUGUAUGCUGGCAUGUUACCUGCCACUGAAUUGAAAUGAUCACACCCAGAGGUUUCCAAUAAUAAUAAAUGAGAAAUAAAAAAUAUUGAAGUGCUCAAAGACAGUUGACAGAAGUAUCAAGCUAUACUGUAUUACAGACUGCGCCAGUCUACUCCAACUGCCCUGCCUGACCAGUCUGUGUAGCAAAGUGCCACGUGUACUAAUAGCACACCUGCUGUGUAAAGAUUGGUCAUUUCAGUGCAACCGAGAUAAGCGUCUAUCGUGUGGAAUACAACGCGCUCGAGUCACUGUAGCAGCCGCAGCUGCUGUAGCUCUCACGGCCUGACAGACUCCCAUUCUCCGGCUAUCGAUCGCUGCACAAUCACAUUGUUUAUACCGCCUGAUUCCGAGAAUACAUGCCCUCAGCAGCAUGAUUCAGCACCGUCUAAAAUAAAAAAAAAAAACGAAUACUUCAGAUGUGAUGCGAUGAUGUGGAAUAAUACAAUAGUAUCUUAGACGCUUGGCUUGUAUUUGUAAGGAUUUUGUCAUAUAUAUUUCUAUAUUUCCAUUAAUAUAUGCCCUAGUCUAAAAUCUCAUUUUUGAAUGGAAAUAAUGAGUUAUUAUUUUUAUUUUUUUUACAGCCAGUACCAGGAUAAUUAAUAUAACAAGAGCACUUGGAUCAAUUCCUGAUGUAGUUCACAGUCAACAUAAAGAGACAGUAAAUACAUUUAUGAUGACCAGAAAACUGGCGUUGGUUCCAGAUUGAAUUUAAACGAUAGGUUUUUUUUUUAGGUUUUUUUUUUUUUGUGAAAUUACUGCUCUGUUGCUGAUCAUCUUGUGAGGACACCCUUUUAAACUAUGCGUCGGUCACAAUUCCUGAUUUAAAUCAUUAAUAAAUACAACACGCUUUCUCAAUGAAAUGCACCCCCCAGCGUUACACUGCAAUUUGCGAUGUAGCUACUCCCAUCUGGGUAAACAACGCAACCCUGUUGAAACCAGUAGCAAUCCUACACGCUUGCCGUUGGACGAGGCGUCACUGGCUGGAGUCUCCAUAUCAGCACCUGGUCUCGCUGGACAGCGGCACUCUCCCGGCAGCCUCGGUGUAGUUCUUCCACGCGGCUCGACGGUGGUGAAGACGAGAUGAAGAAGUUCUAUCUAACUCUGCUCGGCUUUGCCCUGGCAAUAUCCGCUGCUGUCGGUACAACGAAAGCGGAGGAGAGGGUGGAAGGAGCCGAUGACAAGGAGACCGACGUUUCAGACGAUAUCUCAGAGGACAGUGACGUGUUGGUCCUCAACAAACACAACUUCGCCAGAGCCUUGCUGGAGAACAAGUGGCUUCUUGUGGAGUUUUAUGCGCCAUGGUGUGCACACUGCAGAAGUUUGGAACCAGAGUAUGCCACAGCUGCAGCGAUGCUAAAGAACGAAUCCUCUGAAAUCAAACUGGCCAAAGUGGACACCACGGUGGAAAAUGAACUGGCUUCAGAAUUUAAAAUCCAAGGCAUUCCUGCUCUGAUAUUGUUCAAGCACGGUGACAGGAAAAACUUCACUGAGUUCAAGGGUGCAAGAAAGAACACAGCUCCGGGCAUCGUGCAGUGGUUGAAGAAGCAGAGCGGCCCCGGCGCCUUUGUGCUGGAUAGCAUUGCUAGCGCGGAGCAGUUCAUCAGCGCGAAUCACAUCUCUGUUGUUGGGUUCUUCAAGGAUCUUGAAGGUAAAGACGCGCAGGAGUUUUCUGAAGUGCAGAGUGAGGACUCUGUUUUAGACGCUGCGUUUGGCGUCACAGAUAACGCUGCGGUUUUCCAGAAGUACGGGAUUUCUAAUGACACCGUGGUGAUGUUUAAAAAGUUUGAUGAGCAGCGUGCUGACCUGCCGGUUGCAGAGCGCAGCAGCGUGACCCGCGAGGAGCUGGCUCAGUUCAUUAAAGUGAACGCGCUCGAACUGGUGGUCGAGUUUAACAAGGAGAAUUCACCAAAGAUUUUUGAAGCCGGAAUUGAACAUCACUUUCUGCUGUUUAUCAGAAAGACCCAGGAGAGCCACGCCCAGCUACUGGAGAGCUUCAGGGGAGCCGCUCCGGGGUUCAGGGGAAAGGUGAUCUUUGUCCUGAUUGACGUCGACAAUGGAGACUUCGAGAAUGUUUUAAACUUUUUUGGCGUGAAGAGUGAGGACGCGCCCACAGUGCGUCUCAUUAACGUGAAGACUGAGAAGAAAUACGUCAUGCGGGACAGAGAGAUCACGACUGAAAACGUGAGACAGUUCUGCCAGGGUGUGCUGGACGGAGCGCAGCAGCCUCACUUAAAGAGUCAAGAAAUCCCUGCCGAUUGGGACAAGAACCCUGUGAAGGUCCUCGUCGGCAAGAACUUUGAACAAGUGGCUUUCGACGCAACCAGGAGCGUCCUGGUGGAAUUCUAUGCCCCCUGGUGUGGGCACUGCAAAGAGCUGGCUCCAAUCUGGGAGCAGCUGGCAGAGAAAUAUAAAGACCAGGAGGGCAUCGUCAUUGCUAACAUGGACGCCACUGCUAACGAGGUUGAAGCAGUCACAAUCACCGGGUUCCCUACAAUCAAAUACUUUCCUGCAACUCCCGACAGAAAAGUUGUAGAUUUUAAAGGCAAACGAGAUCUGGAGACUCUCUCCAGGUUUCUGGAUAAUGGUGGAGAAUUGCCCGAGGAAUCAAAUGAAGAGUCGCUGGACUCCAAAGAAUCUGAGGAAGAGACCAAUAUGGAAAAAGAUGAAUUAUAAUUUGUAUAAAAUAUUUUACGCAAAUGUGCCACAUUGCCUCUGUGCCUUGACAUUUAACUUUAAAAAAAAAAACUUUUGCAAAUAUUAAGUGCAUAAAUUCACUAAAGACUCCCUAACAAACCAUUUGCAGACUUUAUUUACAAUGCUGAAUUGGUCUAAUACCUCAUUCACACUGCUGUAAUAAAUAUGUUGCAAUUCUCGUACAAUGAAGUGAUUUGUACAAGUGCAUUUUUAUGUUUUACAAAAAAAAAAAAUUAAUAAAUGA